AUGUCUUCUGAUCGUGUAAAGACAAAUAGUUUUGAUGAAACAGUGAAGCUCCAACGUCUGAUGGAGCUGUCCGACAUAACAUCACAAAUCGAAUAUGCCCCGUCACAACAUGCCGAUCAACAUACAAUGCAUCGAACUCAUACUAUUGCUUCAGGAAUCUCACUUCAUUUAUUAGAUGAUCCGGAUAGGUUCCCAGAUGGAUGGAAUAAUCGAGCUAUGUUAACCCUCUUUGGAUCCUUCCUAGGCAUGGUCGGCUCACUUGGAUUCGUGAAUACCGGAGGGGUAUUACAAUCAUACAUCCUGGAAAAUAUCCUACCUGACACUCCUCAAUCAUCUAUAGCUUGGAUCUUCUCGGUUUAUAAUUUCUUGGCAUUUGGAAUGACCCUUAUUCUGGGCCCAGUAUUUGAUAAAGUCGGAUGUAAGAUCCCAAUAGCUUUCGGGAUCGUUGUUAUGAUGAUCGGGUUGAUGUUGACUAGUGUAUGUAAAGAAGUAUAUCAAUUUGUGCUAAGUUAUGGAAUAAUAGCGGGAUUAGGUGCGGCGUUUACAUUUGGACCUUUCGUUGCUUGUUUGAGUCACUACUUCUUACAAAAGCGGGCGCUUGCUAUUGGUGCUUCAUAUACAGGAGGUGGAAUUGGUGGGGUUAUGUUGCCAUUGAUUUUUAGAGCAUUGUUCCCCAAAGUUGGUUUUGGAUGGACGGUGAGGAUAGGUGCAUUUAUUUCGUUUUUCUUUUUGGUAGUGGGAUGGUUGUUGGUUAAGGAUAGACAUGAAGAGUUUCGUGAACAUAGUGAUGAGCAUAUUGUUAAGCAGGUUAUUGGAUCGGUUGAUUUUAUGAUUUUGUUUAAGAACAAGUUAUUUUUUGUCAUUGUUGUUGGGUUAUUGUUUAAUGGGUUGGCUUUUUUGAUCACUCUUGUUAUCUUACCAUCAUAUUCAACUGCUUGGGGUAACUCUCCAUCGGAAUCAUAUUUAUUGAUUGUCGUUUUCAACUGUUUUAGUAUCCCAGGAAGAAUUAUCCCCAGUUUCCUCGCUGAUCAUUACUUGGGAAGAUUUAAUACAUUUUGUCUAACCACUACAUUUUCAUUAAUUGCAUUUACAGCCAUUUGGCUUCCAUUUGGUCGUCACAAUAUCAUUAGUUUAUUCAUGUUUGCUGGUUGUUUUGGAUUUUCAAGUGGAUCCGUGUUGAGUUUACUGGCAAGUUUGAUUGCUAGUAUUGUUAAGACACAAGAUGUAGGAAAAGGGUUAGGUACUGCAUUUUUUAUACUUUCGAUGGGAGAUUUAUUUGGGAUACCAAUUGCGGGCGCAAUCGCUACAGGAUCACCUGAGAGUUUUACUCAUUUGGUGAUUUUUUUGACUGUUUGUGCUGGUGUUGGUUGUGUUGUCAGUUAUGUAUCAAGAUACCUUUACGAAGGGUUUAAUUUAAACAGAGCAUAG